AAUGAGUGUCGAACUAAAGGAAAAGUUAAUAGAAAUAGUGAGAAAAUAUGAUUGUAUAUUUGAUCAGAGUAACAAUGAAUAUAGAAAUAUACAUUAUAAGGCGUUACUGUGGGAAAGGAUCGGGUCAUUACUAGAUAUAGAAGGUAGCAGAGCAAAAGAAAUCUGGCGAAGCUUGAGAGACGGAUACAUACGACACAAGAAACAAUUAAACGGGGAUACUGGUUCAAGCAGAAAAUAUAAUAAUUAUAUGUGGAGCACACAUUUGGCAUUUUUAGAUGAUUCGUUAGAAUUCAAACAAACUAAUACGCCGCGAAGUAGAGCUAACUCAUGCAUUGAAGAUUCGCAACAGUCAAUAGAUAAGAAGCAAGAAUCGCAAGAGCAAGUAUAUAAGCAAGCAAUACAGUUGGUAGCAUCUCCACAGUCACCUUUACAAACCGGAAGGGGUUCGUGGACAGAGUCACCGCCUCCAGUGACAACAGAAUCUUCAAUAUCUUUAUCUAGCUCUUCUGUUAACAAAAGAAAGAGAGGCAAAAAUAAUGAUUGCGCGGAAGAGAGGAUCAACACAGUACUUGACUAUCUCAAAAGUAAAAAAAGAAUAAAUUAUGAUGCAACCGACCAUUUGUUCAUGAGUUAUGCAAAAACUUUCAAAAGCUUCCCUUUAAGAAAACAAACUGAAUUAAAAGUAAUUUUAGCAAAGCUCUUCGCUGAUGCAGAGCUGGAGAAUGAUACUUGACUUAUUAGAUGAAUAAGGUUCGCCAAUAAUUUAAUUAUCAUCAUAGACAUAGAUCUUUUAAAGGAGCAAAAAAUUAACUAUAUAUUUCCACAUAUUGUUAUUGAUUGAUGCUAUGGAUCGGGAUACACUAGGAAAUUCGGCCGCACAAUAUAUAAA